AUGGAGGAGACGAUUCCUUUCAAGAAUCUUCAUAGCAGAGAGUAUCAAGGUCACAAGAAGAAGGUACAUUCGGUAGCUUGGAACUCUAAUGGGACAAAGCUUGCUUCUGGUUCUGUCGACCAAACCGCUCGUGUUUGGACCAUCGAACCUCACGGUCAUAGUAAGGUUAAGGACCUUGAGCUAAAGGGACAUACUGAUAGUGUGGAUCAGCUUUGUUGGGACCCUAAACAUUCAGAUCUUGUUGCUACUGCCUCUGGUGAUAAGAGCGUUCGUCUCUGGGAUGCUCGCAGUGGAAAAUGCACGCAACAGGCAGAACUUAGUGGGGAGAAUAUAAACAUCACUUACAGACCUGACGGGACACAUAUAGCUGUUGGUAAUAGGGAUGAUGAGCUUACCAUUCUGGAUGUCCGUAAGUUUAAUAAAUCCCUAUACAAGCGCAAAUUCUCAUAUGAGGUCAAUGAGAUUGCUUGGAAUAUGUCAGGAGAUCUUUUCUUCUUGACUACUGGACUUGGCACUGUUGAAGUUCUCUCAUAUCCACUUGAGAAAAUGCAAAAUGAUCUUAAACCAGUUGACACUCUUACUGCCCACACAGCCGGGUGCUAUUGCAUUGCAAUUGAUCCUAAAGGAAGAUACUUUGCUGUUGGGAGUGCGGAUUCUUUAGUCAGCCUUUGGGAUAUGUCGGACAUGCUUUGUUUGAGAACAUUUACAAAACUUGACUCGCCAGUCAGGACAAUAAGCUUUAACCAUUCAGGAGAAUACAUUGCUUCAGCCAGUGAGGAUUUGUUUAUAGAUAUUGCAAACGUCCAAACCGGGCGGACGGUGCAUCAAAUUCCAUGUCGAGCUGCAAUGAAUAGCGUGGAGUGGAAUCCCAAAUACAACUUACUUGCAUAUGCAGGUGAUGACAAGAGUGCCAAGUAUUAUGGUGAUGAAGGUGUUUUCCGAAUAUUUGGUUUUGAUAGCUCGUAG